UGAAGGAUUGUGACUUGGGCGAUGGCCUUUCAGCCCCGGGCUCCUCCGUGCCGAUGGGAGCAGAAAGAUCGGCUGCCUGGUCCUUCGGCCUUAAGGCGAGACAGUGGCGACGGUUUUGGUCUUGAUCCACAGGUGCGAGUCCUGAAGGAGAAGAUUGAGGCCGAGAAGGGCAAAGACGCUUUCCCCGUGUCGGGGCAAAAGCUCAUCUACGCCGGCAAGAUCCUGAGCGAUGACGUGCCCAUCAAGGAGUACAAGAUUGACGAGAAGAACUUUGUGGUGGUGAUGGUCACCAAGAAUAAAAGCGGCUCCGGUGCUCCCACCCCCACCCCUAGCGACGCAGCGCCCUCCACGGAGUCCCCACCAUCCUCUGCGCCAGCCGUGGCGCCCGCAGCAGCGACAGCGCCUGUGAGCGAGGAGCCCCCUCCCGAAGAGCCCGUGACCGUGGCCCCUCCGGAAUCCACCGUUGGCUCUGUUCCCUCUUCAGGUAGCAUGGGACGUGACGAUGACGCAGCCUCCACCUUAGUCACUGGCUCGGAGUACGAGACGAUGCUGACCGAAAUCAUGUCGAUGGGCUACGAGCGAGAGCGGGUGGUGGCAGCACUCCGGGCCAGCUACAACAACCCUCACCGCGCCGUGGAGUACUUGCUAACGGGAAUCCCGGGCAGCCCAGAGCCGGAGAGCGCCCCCCUCCAGGAGAGCCAGCCCCCAGAGCAGUCAGCCCCAGAAGGAGAGAACCCGCUGGAGUUUCUACGAGACCAGCCUCAGUUCCAGAACAUGCGGCAGGUGAUCCAGCAGAACCCGGCUCUGCUCCCGGCUCUCCUCCAGCAGUUGGGCCAAGAAAACCCGCAGCUGCUGCAGCAAAUCAGCCAGCACCAAGAGCAGUUCAUCCAGAUGCUCAACGAGCCCUUGGGCGAGAUGGCGGACGUCGCCGACAUCGAAGGGGAGAUGGGCGCCAUCGGGGAAGAAGCCCCCCAGAUGAACUACAUCCAGGUCACGCCUCAGGAAAAAGAAGCCAUAGAAAGGUUGAAGGCCCUUGGCUUCCCCGAGAGCUUGGUGAUCCAGGCCUACUUCGCCUGCGAGAAGAACGAGAACCUGGCGGCCAACUUCCUCCUGAGUCAGAACUUUGACGACGAGUGAUAAAAGGAAAAAAAAAAGAGUUUUAUAGAAAAAUCUUCUAUAUAAAUAUUGGUUUAUUUAAAGGGGCAUGUGUGGGGGCAAGCGGGUGGCGGCGGUUGGUGUGGUCUGAGAAGGUCCCGGGCCGAGCGUGUGGCUGGCUGGCUGGCUGGAGGGAAAUGCUCUUCUCUUGGAAACGUGGGCCGCUGCGGUGGUGGUGGGGGAGCAGAACAAACAGACCUCCCCCCAUGUCCGUCCCCCCCCCUCCCCAAAUAGCAGCCACCUUUGAGCCAAGCGGCUCCAUCCCACCCAAAAAA